UCGCGACUUUGCUUUCCAUUCUCCAACUCCCCCCCACGUCUCGCACAAUGAAGGCCGUCCAGAUCUCCAAAUUCGCCCACCCCCGCGACAUCCCCGUCAGCGAGGUGCCCAAGCCUGUGCCGAAGGCCGGCGAGGUGCUCGUUGAGAUUAGCGCGACGGGUCUCAACUUCUUCGACAUCCUCCAGUCGCAGGGCAAGUACCAGAACCAGCCGCCGAUGCCGUUCAUCCUCGGCGCCGAGUUUGCUGGCCGCGUGGCCAAGGACUCGCCGAUUCCCGCCGGAUGCCCGUUCAAGGCUGGCGACCGCGUCUUCGGCUACGCGCAGGGCUCGCACGCCGAAUACGUUGCCGUUGACCACGAGAAGCUCCUCGCCGUCCCCCCCAACAUUACUCUCGCGCAGGCUGCUGGAUUGUACCUUACUUACCCUACGUCGUACGAGGGCCUCGUGGGCCGCGCGAACACGCAGCCCGGCGAGUGGGUGCUCGUGCACGCUGCCGCGGGCGGCGUGGGCCUCGCGGCGUGCCAGAUCGCCAAGGUCCUCGGCGCCAAGGUGAUUGCGUGCGUCGGCUCGCCCGCCAAGGGCAAGGUCGCGACGGAGCAGGGCGGCGCCGACUACGUCGUCGACUACACCAAGGCCGGGUGGCAGGACGAGGUGAAGAAGAUCACGAACGGGCACGGCGUCGACGUCGUCUACGACCCCGUCGGCAUGCUCAUCCCCUCGCUCAAGUGCAUUGCGUGGAACGGGCGUCUCGUCGUCGUCGGCUUCGUCGCCGGCACGAUUGAGAAGGUGCCCGCCAACCUCGUGCUGCUCAAGAACUGCAGCAUCGUCGGCCUCUUCUGGGGCGCGACGGCCAUCCGCGACCCGCCCCGCUACAAGCACGUCAUCAAGGAGACGCUGCGCAUGGUCGCAGAGGGCAAGCUUACCCCCACCGUGUUCGAGCCCGUGUACGAGGGCCUCGAGGGCGUCACCAAGGGUCUGCUCGACCUCGAGGGCCGCAAGACCUACGGCAAGGUCGUUGUCAGCGUCCGUAAGGAUGCCAAGCUUUAAGCUUGACGUGUUGUUCGAGCAGCUCGAGUCAUAGAGGGAUGUAUGCUGUCUGAAGGGAGG